GACGCGGAGCAUGGAGCCGCGGGCCGGCUGCCGGCUGCCCGUGCGGGUGGAGCAGGUCGUCAACGGCGCGCUGCUGGUCACCGUGAGCUGCGGCGAGCGCAGCUUCGCCGGGAUCCUGCUGGACUGCACGAAAAAGUCCGGCCUCUUCGGCCUGCCCCCGUCGGCUCCGCCGCCCCAGGCCCAGGACCCGCCUGUCAACGGCUGCCACGGGCCGGCCGCCACGGAGGGGGCCGCAGAGGCGAUGCAGCUGGGGACAGGCCCCCCGCCACCUCCCAGUGGGGACCAGGCCCCUGAGACCGUCAGCCCCGAGCCGCCCCUGCUGCCCGCCGGAAGCCUGCCCCCGUUCCCGCCCUAUUUUGAAGGCGCCCCCUUCCCUCCCCCGCUCUGGCUGAGGAACACGUACGGGCAGUGGGUGCCGCAGCCGCCCCCCCGGGGCAUCAAGAGGACACGGAGGCGCCUGUCCCGCAACCGCGACCCUGGCCACCUGGCCCUGAGUCCCAUCCGCCUGCGGCCCCGCCAGGUGCUCUGUGAGAAGUGCAAGAGCACCCUGAGCCCCCCGGAGGCCAGCCCCGGCCCCCCGGCCAUCCCCCGGCCCCGCAGGGAGCCCCGGAAGGCUGAGGACCCCGACGGUGGGGGUGACACCGCCGCCAAGAGGAGCAAGAGGGAGAGGCGGCAGGAGGCGCGGGCCCGGGUCCCCCGGAGCCCGGUCAUCAAGAUCUCCUACAGCACGCCCCAGGGCACCGGCGAGGUGGUGGAGAUCCCCUCCCGCGUGCACGGCUCACUGGAGCCCUUCUGCCCCCCGCAGGCCCCGCCCGGAGGCCCGGACCCCGAGGCGCCUGCCUCCAUCCCCAAGCUGAAGCUGACGCGGCCCCUGCCCCCCAGCGCUGCCCCGCCGCCCCCCAAGAUCCGCCUGAAGCCCCACCGCCCGGGGGCUGGCGAGCAGGAGCCCGUCUACAGGGCCGAGCUGGUGGAGGAGCUCAAGGGCUGUGGUCGCGGCCCCCGGGCCGGGUCACCCGCGCCCCUGGCUGACGGCUCUGCCCGCUCUGGGCUGGCGGACUCGUCUUCUGGAAGCUCCGGCGAGGACGACGACUUCAAGGGGUGUCCCCGAGGUGAACACGGGCGUGACGGCCUGGCUUUUCUCGCCGCCUGCCCCCGGGGAACUGGCUGUGCCGGCGUGUCGGUGUGGAGUAGCGACAGCCUGGACGAGUCCAAAUCGUCCAGCUCGGAAGUGACGUCGCCAGACCUGUGUGACCUCUCGUCUGGCGACGGUGCGUCUGUGCCGGCCUCGUCCAAGGAUGCGCAGCCGACGGUCCCACCCCUGACGGUCAGGCUGCACACACAGAGCGUCUCCAAGUGCGUUACCGAGGAUGGAAGGACCGUGGCCGUAGGGGACAUCGUGUGGGGUAAGGUUCAUGGUUUUCCUUGGUGGCCAGCACGUGUCCUGGACAUCAGUCUUAGCCAGAAGGAGGACGGGGAGCCCUCCUGGCAAGAAGCGAAAGUCUCAUGGUUUGGUUCUCCAACUACAUCGUUCUUGUCUAUUUCAAAACUCUCCCCUUUCUCUGAAUUUUUCAAACUGAGAUUUAACCGUAAGAAGAAGGGGAUGUAUCGGAAAGCUAUAACAGAGGCUGCCAAUGCCGCCCAACACGUGGCCCCGGAGAUAAGGGAGCUCUUAACCCAGUUUGAAACGUAACUCGGGUUCCGACCAGGUCACAGACAAUGAGGGCAUGGCUAUUCCCCUGCAGCUCCUGACUUCAGGGGUGUCCUCCACACCCCCGCUCCGUCCCAGGACCCUGCAAGCCUUCUGGCCGGCUGCGCGCAGAGACCCGGCCCGCGGGGUCGGCCUGGUUCGAGGCCUCCGGGGGCAGCAGGUGCGUCUGGCCACGAGGACAGACCCCCGGAGCACUGCGACUCCUCUUGGCCAAGUGUAUUUAUUCCCCCGACGCAGACUUUAGCUUUUCUGGUUUGUGAAGAGCCAGAGCCCGGCAGCAAGGGUGGCCUCCGGGGUCAGGGCGCCCAGGGGAGCAGGGCCGCGUCACCUCCCUGCUGGCUUCGGGACAACCCAGCCCCGGGCGCACGGGGUCUCUGUGCGCUUGACAACCGGCCGCCUCCCCAUCCCCGUCCUGCUCCGUGUUCGUCCAGAGCGUGGGUCUCACUGGGCUCCCCGCACCAGCCCCAGGGCCGCCCCGUCCCCCUGUCCCGUGCGGAGGUGACGGGGCUGCCACUCUGCAGUCAGACUUCAACGUGAAAAGGAUAAAAACCUCGCCUGUUCUUUGUAAGAGUGCGUUCCGUACCCCUUUCUGUCACUCUGAAGACCAAAAAGCAAAAAGAAAGAUAAAGAAAAUGAGUUCUGCUCUUGGUUUAAAUGGUGAGGACUCAUGACAGGAGCAGGGGUCAGGAAGCCCUUCAGUCCAUCUCGUCUCCCCAGGCCAGAGGCACCUGGUCAUUCCAGAGCCAGAUUUACAGAGACACCGCUCUCAUCCCAUCAGACCACCCGUCACAGGGUGCGAUUCAGCGGGUUUUAGGGCGUUCACAGAUCGUACAGCCGUCACCACAGUCGGUUCCAGAGCCUUCCGUCACUGCCUUCAGCCAUUGCCUGAGCCCGGCCCAGCCCCCGAGACCUCACGUCCGAGUCCCGUCCCCGGGGAGUCGCCCAGCCUGGACGUUCACACCAGCGGGUCUCGUGGUGCGUGGUCUCGGCGCCCGGCGCUCCCCCCGGAGCUCAAUGUUUGCAGCGCCCGCGCUGCUGCCUGCGUCAGGGCUCCCCUCCAUCGUGGGGAACAGCGUUCCCUGGCUCGGAUGAGCCAAGUUUUGUGUGUCCCUUUUUCUGUCGGUGGACACAGUUAUCUGCCUUGUGGCUGCUGUGGAUACUCCGUGCAGUCUCGGGGUGACGUGUUUUCAUCUCACCUGGGUACGCGGGGUCCUUACCUCCUGGGAUUCGCUGUCUCAGCUGACUUGCUGAGACCCUGCUCCCAGGUUUCGUCUGAGACGCAGGCUCCUGGCCUGUGGCCCAGCUGCCUCCCCGGCCUCCCCCCACGCUCAGGGUUCCGUGCCCCACCCCACCCGCGUGGCUGCAGAGAGGGCAGUCGGAGGGUGGGCUCCGGAGAGGAGGGGCACAGGCCUGACUGGUCCCCCGGCUCCUGGCACGCUGUCCAGAGGUGCCUUCCCAUCGUCCGCCCUGCUGCAGAUGUGCCAGCCCUUCCGGACGGCCCCCAACCAGCAGCUGCCCGUAUGCUGAGUAGGGGCCUCCUGGCCACCACAGAUCGUCCCACUGGUGCUUGGGAGGAGAGUGACAAGGCGGGGAGGUCCCCUGCCGCAGCCGGUCCCAGGCCCCCCUGGCCUGGCCUUUGGCGACGGGGCCCCGGAGGUGGCCAGGCCCAGCAGGGGUGACCCUACAGGCGCAGGCUGGGUCCACCCCACAGGCAUCGGCUUCCCUUGAUUGGCUUUUUGUUGCACCUGCUGUGGAGCCCUACCUCAAGGACUCAGGACAAAAAGUCUGGAAUUAACCAAGCCCCCAUAGCAACUGUUGCCAUGGGCUCUCCUAACCUAAACCGGACAACCCCCCCCCCCCACCGCCCGACUCCAUAUUAGGUAAAAUAAUCGCCAUGCAGUAACCUUGUAGUAUCCUGACCAAUCACCUAAUGCCAUCCUGCCGGCAGGAAUCUUCUUUGUCUUGAGGCUAUAAAAGUUGGCUACCAGCCCACAAAGGGGCUCGGCUCCCCCUGGUCUGUCAGGAAGUCGCGCUUUGUAUUUGCAGCGCCCCUCACUAACUCUGCUCUUUGUUCUCAAUAA